AAAACCAACGAAACUUCCAACUUUAUCUUCAAAAAGGUGUUAGACAACAACAGCCAGCCAACAGUAGUAGUUAACGAAGCCCAGAGAGCUUACGGCUACAUGGGCUGUGCUCUUUAGGCCUAAUCGAUCAUUUACUAGUAUUGUUUUUUCAUUUUUACAGGUUUUGACCGAGGGUGAGAGAGAAAAUUGGUAUGGCUACUACCAUUGUAGUUGUAGGCAUGGAAUCGGAAGAGGUCCAUACCACGAUGCUAGACGGCGUCGUCCGGGGAUCAGUCGGCUUCAAUGGCCUGCCAGUCUCCCGGACAAAAUCCGGCCGCUGGAGAUCCGCUUCUUUCAUUAUAGGAGUUGAAGUUGCUGAGAGAAUGGCGUAUUACGGAAUCAGUUCGAAUUUGAUCAACUACAUGACGGGGCCAUUGAACCAAUCCACGGCGGCCGCGGCGGAAAACGUCAAUGCGUGGAACGGAGCCGCGUUGCUUCUGCCGCUUCUCGGUGCUUUCGUCGCCGACUCCUUUCUGGGCCGAUAUCGUACCAUCGUCAUUGCCACUCUGCUUUACAUCUUAGCUCUUGGCCUCUUGACCGUAUCAGCAGCAAUUCGUUCGUCUGACUCUUGUAGUGAUGCGGCUUGUUCUCCUUCCCUGUUAGAAAUCAUUUUCUUCUUCUUCUCACUGUAUUUAGUAUCCUUCGCACAAGCAGGGCAUAAACCAUGUCUCCAAGCUUUUGGGGCUGAUCAGUUUGAUGGGGAAGAUAAAGAAGAGUGCAAAGCAAAAAGCUCCUUCUUCAAUUGGUGGUAUUUUUCAAUGAAUGGAGGGAUCAUAGUGGCUCUCUUGUUUUUGACCUACAUUCAAGAAAAUUUGAGUUGGGAACUUGGCUUUGGUAUCCCUUGCAUAACCAUGUGUUUAGCUCUAUUAGUUUUCUUGCUUGGAUCUACCACUUAUCGAUUCCGCAUUAACAGUGAUGAAAGGAAUCCGUUUGUGAGAAUUGGCUUGGUUUUCUUGAGGGCCGUGAAGAACAGGAAAGCAUCGCUAAAUGUUGUGUGUGCUGACGAAAGAGCUCAACAAUAUCAAGCUUAUGAAGAUGCUCAGUUUGAGUUUCUUGACAAAGCACUGCUUACACAAGAUGGACUAGAGGAAGACAAGAAUGCCUCCAGCGCAGGUGAUGUUGCUGAUGCCAGGGCAAUUCUUAGAUUUAUUCCAAUAUGGUGCACGUGUUUGGGAUUUGGCAUUGUUUCUGCGCAAGACUCAACUUUGUUUACCAAACAAGGAGCGACAAUGGACCGGCAUGUCAUUUAUGGCUUUGAAAUUCCUGCUGCGUCCCUGCUAGCACUUGACUGUCUAUCUGUAAUUGCCUUUGUUCCCAUCUACGAUCUUGUUUUGGUUCCUAUUGCGAGAGGCUUAACCAAGAAACCUUGCGGCAUAACAAAGCUUCAGCGCAUUGGCACGGGGCUACUGCUUUCAUUCCUGUCCAUGGCAUGUGCGGCGGUUGUGGAGAGGCGCCGGCUUGCAACUGCUGCGAAAUAUGGGCUGGUGGAGAAGGCAGAUGCGACAGUACCAAUGAGUAUAUGGUGGCUGGCGCCGCAGUAUAUCCUGCUUGGCCUUGGUAAUGUGUUCACCAUGGUUGGCCUCCAAGAGUUUUUCUACGAUGAAGUCCCUAGUGCUCUGAAGAGCAUAGGGCUUGCCCUAUACCUCAGCAUAUUUGGGAUUGGGUGCUUCUUGAGUAGUUUCCUGAUAUCUGUGAUCGAGAGGGCGACGGAGAGUAGAGAUGGGAGGGAAAGCUGGUUCAGCAACAACUUGAACCGAGCUCAUCUGGACUACUUCUACUUGCUUUUGGCAGCCAUCAGUGCAGUUGCGUUCACAGCCUAUGCUUGCUUUGCCAGGUCUUACAUUUACAACGGCAAGGACAAUUAAUUAAUUAAUUAAUUAUUUAGUUAGUUAAUUAUUGAUGAACAGACUAUACGGUGAAUAAUGAUUAUACAUAUAUAUAUAUAUAUUUUAGCCAUGUAUAUAUACAUGGUUGGAUCCCUCCCAUCAGUUUCUGCCCCAAGUGGGCCGGGUGUCUGUGUCCGGCCGGAUCCCCCCUAUGCAUCAUCAGCAGCAAUAUCUACAUAUCAAGCGAUCUACCUCAUCUGCUCGUGUUGUUGGUAUUGUAAUGUCUAGUUUGCCCGUUUCAGUUGUCUGUCUUUUAUUUAUUUAUUUAUUGAAAAUAUAAAUGUGUGUGUGGGGGUGUUGGGGUCUGUCUCUAGAAGCAAUCAAACGCAAGUGUGAGUGUAUCUGUGUUAAUUUGUGUCUUGAGGCCAUUUGCCCUUUGCCCUGGUCACAGAUAAGUGACGACAAUGUUCAACUUAUUUA